UAACCUCUUUCGUUUAGGCGGGAGACGCAAGAAAUGGCAUGGGAAAAGGGCUUGAGGCCCCACCUGAAGGUGGUUUCCGUGAUAUUGUUCGUGAGGUUGCUAUCCGUAUUCUUGGUGCAAACCUGGUAUGUGCCUGAUGAGUAUUGGCAGACACUAGAAGUGGCCCACAAUCAAGCUUUUGGUUAUGGUGCUCUAACCUGGGAGUGGCAGAAGGGAAUUCGAAGCUAUCUAUACCCUAGUAUAGUAGCUAUAUUGUACACUGUACUGAAAUAUACUGGGCUGGAUUAUCCACAGGCUGUGAUACUCCUGCCUCGCAUCCUGCAAGCUCUUCUAAGCACAGCAGCAGACUACAGCUUCUACAAAUGGACCGGUGGCCGCAAAUGGGCACUCUUUCUCAUCCUCACAUCGUGGUUUUGGUUUUACACGUCUGGACGCACCUUGCUACAAAGUACUGAAACUGCUUUGCUAGUGAUUGCUCUGUCGCAGUUUCCUUUCAAGGCUGGAAGGAUGGGAUAUUAUGAAAAAGAGAGUAACAAUUGGAUUUGGCUGGCGACAUUGAGCGUGUUCCUGCGACCGACAUCAGCUCCUCUGUGGGUUGUACUCAUUGGGUACAACUUGCUGACCACCAACCAGGGCCGACUGAGACUGCUCACGCGCACCUACUUGCCUAUAGCUUUGAUCUCAGGAGCAGCUCUCGUAGCAUUGGACUCCUACUUCUACGGGAACCUGGUUAUUACACCCUGGGAGUUCUUUAGAUUUAACAUUUUAAACGACAUUGCUUCCUUCUACGGACAGCAUCCUUGGCACUGGUAUCUGACGCAAGGCCUCCCCGCGGUCCUCGGCAUCAACUUGCUGCCAGUAGCGUGGGCGAUAGUUACUAUACUGCGUCGCCCCAAAGAAAACCGGACCGGGGUAUUGUUGCUGGCCGCCUGCGGGUUGCAUCUUGCUCUCUACAGCUUUAUUCCGCAUAAGGAAUUCCGCUUCGUCCUACCUCUACUACCGAUUCUACUUUAUUUGGCUCAGGCUGUCAUCGUUCCUUGGAGUCGGAAAGCUAAAAAGUGGCAGCUGUACUUGGUGGCCAGCCUCAUCCUGCUGGGCAAUGCCGUUCCCGCCGCGUACUUCGGCCUGGUGCACCAGAGUGGCACGCUGGCCGCGAUGCCGCUGCUGCGCCAGGCAGUGGAGACCAACCACUCGUCGGUGCUGUUCUUGAUGCCCUGCCACUCCACACCGCUGUACAGCCAUCUCCAUGCCAACGUAACAACCCGCUACCUCAACUGCGACCCGCCUUUACACAAGACCGGCGAGACUUACGAGGCCGAAGCGUUCUUCAACAACCCACAGCGCUGGUGGAGGCAGGAAUACGCGAACAAACAAACGCCAACAUUGGUCGUGCUCUUUGACGUGUUGAAAGGACGCGUCGAUAAUGUUCUAUCGGGUUAUAAGCUGAUACACGAGUUGCCGCAUACACAGUUCCCUGAAGGCGAAGUUGGUGAAAAGGUUCUUGUGUUCAAGAAGGUUGGCAGUGGUGCAGCGAAGAAAGUCGACGAGGCAACCUAAUCACCUAUCACAACCCCACCGGUAAUCUGUCGUAUUUACACUGUUAGAAAACUUAUCUUUUUCAAACUGUGUUAUACACCAUAAGUGUGGCGUACCAGUAACGACACGUCGCCCUUUAUACUUAAGAAUUAAAUUUAACUCUGUGCCACUUAUAACUACGGUUCAAAACACCCGGUGUGGUGACUUCAAUCUGUGACAUAUCAAACCUACUGUCAUGAAUAUUUCAACAAGUUUAAACAAUUCUUGUCCAUUUUCAACUAAUGGAGAGCGAAUAGGAGGACAAUAUUUUUAUAGAUUUGCCAAGUUAAUUUAGGUCUUUAGCAAUCGGGUACAUAAAAAUGUGACGCCACUUUCAAAGUGAAAGCGAACAGGUACUUUGACCGGCAGUAUCGUUACUUGCCAUCUAAGAUUUUGUGUGUAUCCCGCAUACGAAACAAACAUACAAACCAUUAUUAUUUGUCUGAUUACGAUAUAUCUUUCGUGAAUUGUUGUUCCCACGCCCUCAAGGAUGCAUUUUAAAAUAUCAAGCGGGCCUGUAAACACAUUUGUUAUAACAACAAAUAUGUCUACAGCCGAAAAAACACGCUAAAGACAAACAGUUUUAUUUCUUUUAGUGUACAUAGUACCGGUACCUUUAGUAAAUGAUAAGAAGUAUAGUCACGAAAUCGACAUUAAUAUCUUUCUAUAAAUUUUACCAUUUAUUUCCACACACAUUAAUAAUAUUAUAAAGAAAACUAUUACAAUUUUUUCAUUCAUUCAUUCAUUCAUACAUACAGUCUCAGCAUUCACUGAGCGGCAGGCGUCGCUCAACACUGAUUUGUAUUUUGAGCCUGUUUCGCUAACUAAAGGUGCCUUCAACUUAGACGCUUAUAGAAGCGAUGCAAUGGCGCCACAAACGCGCCACUUUUGCAGACUAGAUAGUGUAUAAAAAUGAGUAGUGGUGCGGCUGCAACGCCGCAGACCCCCCACUGCAGAACUUCUAUAAGCAUCUAAUUUGAAGGCGCACUUAGUUUUAUACCUGUUUUGUAUUACACUUUAAAUCAGGCCAUUAUCUUACACAUUAUCUUCCACGCUUGCCCAAUGCCUGUUGAAGAUUUUAUCCCCGAAGAAAAGUAAACUUUUUAUAGGUGCAAUAAUCUGAAAAAUAUAUACGCCACACCUGCCGAAUUUCAACCGCAAAUUUAAACUUAUUCGUAUCACGAUAUCGUGUUACGUAAAUCAGAGAUUAUUUUGUGUAAGGGUUUGACUGGAAUAAAUUUAAAAGCGCCAAAAUUAUGCGACCAAAUUUCGGUACGUGUGUUACUGUGUUCAAUAUAGGUUUGAUGUGUCAUUGAUAUUACUUUGACGCGAUUUUUGAAAAUAAAGUUUAGACAUGCGAUUUUUUUUUAAUAUGACUACAAUGCAUUUUGUUUUAUUCUUUAAAUAUAGAUAUUUCACAUUUUGUACUGAUAGUAAUGCAAUUAAAUAUAUAAUUCAUAAGUUUAUUGUUCAAUAUGAUUUUAUAAAA